AUGUAUCAUGAUACAUCUUCUGUUGAUAAUAAAUUUGCUUCUACAAAGAAACAAAACCAAAGAUUAAUAGAGAACUUCGGAAUGACAUAUACAUCACAUAUCCUGGAUCAAGUAAAAACUUUGGGAUUCCAACAAGCUACUGUUGCAUCCAUUUCAUUAGGAAUUGAUGUUCUUUUAACAAUAUCUUCUAAGGGAUGGCUAGUUCAAGAUGCUGAACAACAAAGUUUGCUUUUGGAAAAACACCAUUAUUAUGGGAAUGUACACGCGGUAGAAAAAUUACGUCAAUCCAUUGAAAUAUGGUAUGCUACAAGUGAAUAUUUGCGACAAGAAAUGAAAAUGACUAGCCCCUUUAAUCCAGUUCAUAUAAUGUCUUUCUCGGGAGCUAGAGGAAAUGCAUCUCAGGUACAUCAAUUAGUAGGGAUGAGAGGAUUAAUGUCGGAUCCUCAAGGACAAAUGAUUGAUUUACCUAUUCUAAGCAAUUUGCGCGAAGGACUUUCUUUAACAGAAUACAUCAUUUCUUGCUACGGAACCCGUAAAGGAGUUGUGGAUACUACUGUACGAACAUCAGACGCUGGAUAUCUCACUCGCAGACUAGUUGAAGUAGUUCAACACAUUGUUGUACGUCGAACGGAUUGUGGCACCGCUCGGGGUAUUUCUGUGAGUCCUUGGAAUGGGAUGAUGCUGGAAAGGAUUUUUAGCCAAACAUUAAUUGAUCGUGUAUUAGCAGAUGAUAUAUACAUGGGUCCGCGAUGUAUUACCACCCGAAAUCAAGACAUUGGCAUUGCACUUGUAAAUCGAUUCAUAACCUUUCGGGCACAACCAAUCUCUAUUCGAACUCCCUUUACUUGUAGGAGUACAUCUUGGAUUUAUCGAUUAUUUUAUGGCCGGAGUCCUACUCAUGGCGACCUGGUUGAAUUGGGGGAAACUGUAGGUAUUAUUGCAGGUCAAUCGGUUGGAGAACCGGGUACUCAAUUAACAUUAACAAUUUUUCAUACCGGAGGAGUAUUCACAGGGGGUACUGCAGAACAUGUGCGAGCACCAUCUAAUGGAAAAAUAAAAUUCAACGAGGACUUGGUUCAUCCGACACGUACACGUCAUGGGCAUCCCGCCUUUCUAUGUUUUAUAGACUUGUAUGUAACUAUUGAGAGUGAAGAUAUUCUACAUAAUGUGACUAUUCCACCCAAAAGUUUUUGUGUGUUAAAGAAUGACUACUGCUUCGAAAAACAUUGUUGCUGAGCUAAACAAAGGGUUGAAACUCAAUGGUGACAACUAUGAAACUUGGAGUUUGAAAGUUCAAUAUGUGCUGGAAGAGCAAGAGGCUCUGGAGGCCAUUAACAACGUCAUGAAUGAGCCUGAGGAUGGCAACACGGUUCAACAUAGGCGUGACCGUGAAGCGUAUUAUGCUUGGCGGAAAAAGGACUCCACUGCUCGCAUUACGUUGCUAAGCACCUUGGAUGAUGACAUCCUAAGGGAGUUCAAGGAUCACCAAAGGGCUAUGGAACUUUGGAUUGCUUUGAAGAAUAGG